ACACUUCCUCUCAACACCGCCCUUUCUAUCUCUCUCCUCUUCUUUUAAUCACCUUAUCACACCAACCUGUAGACCUGGCGUCCACAGUGUAAUUCCUCUUCUUCCUCUCCUAACAUACAAUCGCAUACUUUCAUUCAAUAAUCCUUAAUAGGCAUACGUACAGUACUCCACAUUAAGAUGUCAAAUCCACCAAGCUUAAGCUCCUUCCAAAGCGAUAAACCGCUUCUAGAUCAUCUAACCAUCGACCUCAUCUUCGCGAUCCUCAACCAUACCUUCCUCAACCCGAUUUUUGCCUGGUUAAUCCCUCUAACCUACCGUGCUCAAACCUUCCAAUACCACCAUCCACCGCUCUACUUAUCCGCCGCCUACGCUGCCUUUGUAACGGUUCUGUGGAUAGCGAAGCAGGUCAACCGCCGUCUGGCCUAUGGCACCAAACGCGAGUUCGACUGGAUGGAGGAAGUGGUAGUCAUCACCGGCGGUGCCAGCGGCCUGGGGCUCCUGAUCGCAGAGGUGUACGGUAUGAGGGGCGUUACAGUUGCGGUGCUCGACGUGAGAGAGCCGGAAGGCGGCGAAGCGCGGAAUGUAGAUUUUUAUAAAUGCGAUGUUGGCGACAGGAAGCAGGUUGAGGCUGUUGCUAAGGAAAUCGAGAGGGACUUGGGGGCGCCCACUGUGCUGAUAAAUAACGCCGCGAUUGUCAACGGAAAAAGGGUUUUGGAACUUUCGGCGGAGGAAAUUGAGACAAAUUUCAAAACGAACCUCCUCUCAUCGUUCUACACAAUCAAGCAAUUCCUCCCGGGCAUGCUAAAAUUAAACCGCGGCUCGAUCAUCACAAUCUCAUCCGUCCUCUCCUCAAUCGCCCCAGCCCAGCUCUCAGACUAUGCCGCUUCCAAGGCAGCCCUAAAAUCACUUCACUCCUCCCUCACCGCUGAACUCGCCGACCAACCAGGAAUCAAGACGCUCCUGGUCACUCCCGGACAGCUCUCAACCCCCCUAUUUUACGGCGUUAAGACUCCCAGUAAUUUCUUCGCCCCCGUGUUGGAGCCCGUUGACGUUGCCAAGGAGAUCAUUGCUGCGAUCGAUGGGGGGUUGGGUGGGCAUAUUUCCAUGCCGGUAUACUCGAGGUGGAUUGGGGUCAUGGAAGUUUUACCAGCCAGUGUUCAGAGGUUUUUAAGGUGGGCAAGUGGUGCGGAUAGGGCAAUGGCGGGGUUCAAGGGACGGAAGGUAUUGGAUCAGGAGGGGAAUAAGACUUGGUAGGGUUUGUGGUAUUGUCGUUUCGCCGCGAAUCUUUGUUGUGGAAUGGGUACCAUUUUUCGGAGGGAUGGCUGGGUCUCUUCAAGCCUGCAAAGUAUGCUUUGCACCGAGGUUAGGCUCGGUUAAAUAGAUAGUGGAAUGAAUCAACUUUUCGUGGGCGAA